AACUUUACAAGGGUGACACUGGCAGUGACACUGGCAAUAAGCGCCCAAAAUAAACCAUGAGCGUAACUGACAGCGACACGGAGAGUACCGUCUCUAGCCAAAGCAGACCUACCACAGCGACCACCACCAAAUCGCAACCCCAACAGGUCUUCCCGUUCGCCCACCCCCCUCCCAAGUCGACCUCUUGUUUCCGCUUCACCUCGCGCCUUCUGCUCCAAAUCCAACAACUCCUUUCCGCCUCUCGCGCGCUCCCCAUCCUCGAGAUCUACCGACCCUCCAGCCUUGGCAAGUCGAUCCCCGGCUGUCCCAGCAAAGUACACAGCCAGGACCUGUACGUCGUCCAAAGCGACGCCUACCAGAAUCUUCCUUCGUCCUGCAGCCAAGACACCAGCACCGACAGCCCGGUAGUAGGAGUGAUAUACACCAACUACUGCAGCGGCAACAAAACCACUAGCGCCGCGACUAGCAGCAGCAGCAACAGCAGCAGCAGCUCCACCGAUCACAAAUCCCCGUCCUCCCCCUCAUCAUCAUCAUCAACAUCACCAACAACCAAAUCACCACCCACCAACAACAAAAACGCAAUCUAUCUCCCCCAACUCCAAAUCACCCUCCUCGCCUCCCGCACCUCGCGCGGAGGCUACACCUUCCAACUCCUCCCCACAUCCUCUUCCUCUUCCUCCAGCACCCAAAAACUCACCCUCGAACUCGCCAAGAAAAAACCCAAACACAAAUCCCCGCCAAGAUCAUCGGCAACAACCACAACCCGUCGGUCUUCGGCGUCUACGACCCCCGACGACGACGAAAUCCACGAAAACCACGAAAACAACGAACCCGCCAGUUUCCUCCUUGGCAUUCGGAGCACGUCGACAAGCCCCGGCGAUCCAAACUCCGGCGAUUCUGCCCGGCGCAGCAGCCCCCGGCCCUGGCUAGCCGGCCUCUCGCCCAAGGGGAUCAAGGUCCUGCGCGGGGAGCCGCAGGACCAGCUGCGGCGGCGGGUGCUGGCCGCCGUCGGGGUGACCGCGGACCGCAUGGAUGUGCUCUACACGGUUACCUUGAUGGUAGGGAUCUAUGCGGCGAGGAUGGAGGGGUGGGUUUAAUUUGUUGUCCCUUUUUUGGGCCGGGGGAGUUUACCUUUUUUAGAUCCAUAAAUCAUUUGAUAGUCUAUGUCCGGGGUUUAUUAAACUUUAGCUUGGUGUUAGUGUUGGUGUUGAUCUUCGUUUCGUUGUUUGUAUUUUUGGGAGUCAAAGGGUUCAGGGUCAGGGACUCUUGCUAUCUAUCUAUGUCGAUGAUAUCCAAUUUGAGUCAAUGUUUGGAGAGACUAGUGUCAUAGAAACUUUCUUUGUCUUUCUCUCCGAAAGGG